UAAAAAAUGUAUGAUUAUUGAAAAUCCACAAGAAGCAAUAUAAUAGAGCGUAAUUCGAUAUAAGGUCAAAGUAGAUUCUGCGCAAUAAGACUUGUUUAUUUUCGUCAGGGUGAGAAAUGGUGAGAAAUGGCCGUUCUUUGUGGCGCACUUCGCAGCCUAGUUUCGCGGAUUUUGCAUCGUAUUUUGCAGUCGCGCGGGCGGCACGUAUCGCACGUAUCCGCGAGCAACGGAUGACGCAGUGUAUAUGUGUAACAACGCGGGUGGGUGGGUGGUGAUCGCGCAGGAGGGACACCCGACGCCCGACGACGCGGAGAGCGCGACGCGGAGCGACUCGAGGACGAGGACGAGACGGACAAGGACGCGACGAGAGUGCGGGUGCGCGUCUGCAUGCGCCGCUGCGGCGGCGACGCCGUAGUACCGCAACCCGCCACUCGUCGCCGCCUCGGCGCCACAGUCCUUCACUCCGCAUGUCCGGAGCCGGCUGAGCCGUUCUCUCGGCACCUCCUGCUGUCUCUGAUAACGUUCGUCCACCUCUAAUCGCCUUCUGCAAAAUGGUACUUGCGGACGCGACAUUGGCAGACAAUCAUCGCCGUCAUCGUACUUUCACGGCAAACGGUAAUCCGGACGGUAUCACAAUAUGCAAUCUGGUGGACGGUGAGACCUUGACUUACAGCUUGGCCUUGAUAAGAGGUCGAGCACCCGUGCUAUGCAGUUACAUUACUGUUCGAGGUCAUAAAAAUGUGACUUCGGAGUGGCCGAUCAUCGCGGGACAAUUCCGCGUCUUGGUGGAUUUGGCACGUGGUCCGAACAAAUUAGAGCUCGAAGCAGGCGGACAUAAAAGAAGAUUGAUGCUUGUAUAUGAGCCGAGAACCACCAGGCUACGAGUAACACCGGUCUAUGUCAUCUGUGCAGGUCAUGAUGGUUAUUUUCAGGGUCCACGUAAUGAGGAUCGAUCACCUGAGAGCGCGGCAACGAGGAUAGGACUUGGUGCCAGGCUUCUUCAGACUCUGACGGCCGAAAAACUCCUAGAAGCCGGUUAUGGCAGAAAAACCUUCCAGUUAGAAAGAGAUUUAGAUGGUCCGGAAUGUCUGGUGAUGCAUAGUAUGCUUCAUGUAGAUCAGGCACGAGCAAUGAAGCAAAGGGAGCUUUGGGAGUUAAUCGCGCGCGAGUUGAUGACCGGUCCCUUGGCGUCCAAGGAUCGCAAAUACCUGGCAUUUCUAUCAUGUACUAGAUACCGUGGAGCGCCUAGCCCUCGAACGCACGAGGAUACUUUAGCGAGGACGCAAGGUCAUGCGGCUCUUGGUGGAGGUGGUUUAGCGCUUUUCGGCUCUGCCUGUCUUCAUACUUGGCCUACGCGUAUGGCUCAGAUAUUACCGAGGUUUCUGGAUACCACUAUCAUCGAUACCGAGCAACUCAUGGACGACAGUAAUUAUCGGGGCACGCAUGGGGGCUGCUUGGCGACGACGUUAGGUUCUGUUCUACACGAGCUUGGUCAUACUUUCGAUCUUGGUCAUACCCGAGAGGGGAUAAUGGGUCGAGGAUUCGACUACGUCGAUAGGGUUUUCGUGGGCGCGGCUGGAAUUGAUUUCAAUCGUAAUCCUAUCCGAAGGGAUCCUCAACACACGACCAUCGCUCUUAGCAGACCUCUCAGCAUUACGGUAACCGUGCAAGAAUCUAUAUUAUCAAGUCCACGAAGAGGUAGAUUGCUCUCGGAAACAUCUAGACCCACGCCGUCACCUACUUCGAAGCAGUUGCCUGGAAGACUUUCAGCACCGGCUAGUCCCGAGCUUAACAGAUCUCUCUCUAAAAGUUUGAUCACGUCGGAACCUCCAACGCAACCUGAUCGGACAUUCUGGGGUCCGUCAUGCGCGGCGUUACUUUCUUAUCAUCGCUGGUUCAACAGCGAAAUGGACAAUGUUUCUAAUAGGCAUCAUCAUGAAAUAGAGUACGAUGGAAAAAGAAAUGUAGUGAGAUCGCGAUAUGGAAUACGAGUAAUAGAGCUUAGAGAGAGUUCGGGAGGAAUGGUUUUGGGUUCUCGCCAAUUUCCUGGCUCGCGACCACCUUUGGAGGCUCUAGUUCCACCACCUCCACCCCACUGCCUCACCACCCUUACCCUAGUUGCCGAAGACUCCACCGGGAAUGUGCUCAAACAUCCUCUUCCCACUGCCUUUUAAAGGUCAGCAGAAACAAUGAUGCGUAAUUUUAUCUUCUAGUCUCCGUCGAAUGUUAUUACAGUCCGUAAGCAAUAUCGGCUUAAUAUACAUACUGUAAAUUAUCCAAUGAUAUUUUUGUUCCUCUCUCUUCUUCAGUUUAUAUAAAAGUUAUUUAUAUUAGAUGCGUUUUUUUAAUUAAAAAUAUAUAAAAACAAUUUUUUCUCCGUAUUGAUAUCCCUUACACAUUAUGUAUUUGAUAAUAAAUCCACAUAGAGAGAAAAAAAAAAGAUCGGCACAGAUCGGUAUAGAUCAAUUGAUAUUUUUAGAUAUAUGUCUAUAUCAUACAAUAUUGAAUCAGAAUAAAAAUUUGAAAAAUGACAUUUACGAAGAUGUUUACAGAGUUGAUAAUUUAAUUCUUAUGAUGAGUUGAGUAGUUUUUUUAUUCUGUGAAUAUAUUUAUUAAUUUUUCAUUCUGUGAAUAGAAUUGUUAAUUUUUCAUUGUGUGAAUAACAUAUGUAUAAUAAUAUGUCAAAAUAAAUUUCCAAUUUUUAUUUAAGUAAAUAUAUAGAGUUGAUCCAAAUACCUCAUAUACAUUAUAUAUGAUUUUCAUUUAAGAUUCAUUUAAGAUCAUUAAGUACUUUAUACUGCCAUUAUAUCUUUGGUUUUUGAAAUUGCAAAUAACGUUAGUUGAAACAGAAACAUAAGGCAAUUUU